ACCUGCGGAGGCUCCGCUGAGGAGGGGAGGGCGCGAAUGUACGACCGAGGCUUCCAGUACUCACCGGGUCGCCGUUCAGGCGCGUAUCGUAGCGUGUAUGUGAUUGUGUUUUCAAGUUCAUCAUUUUUAAAACUACCAAACGAUUAAUUAACAAAUUUCUUAUGAAGAUGAGGUACUGACCGGAAAUGGCAAUGCGGAGUGGCGGCGCAGCAGCGGGGGGAAGGUCCCGAGGGGGAGACUCACAGGCAGCGCGAGCAAUGGAUGAGUUCGAGCAGUUAGCCGGUCUUCGGGGUAGGGCCGUGUAUGUUCUGGAACAUUUGGCCACGUUUACCGUGACCAGGGAGACGGGUAUAGUCUAUCCAGCUGAUGGUAUGCGACGACUGCUUCAGUUGGAGAAAACAAACGGAAUAUGGAGUCAAAAGAUGCAGUUAUCUCUAGAGGAUCAGUGGGUUCUAGUUAUGGAUUAUGAAACUGGGUCCAUAAUGGAGCGUUUCCCAGCCAACUGGGUACACUCCCCAACAGCCUUCACAUCGCCAGAACCUGCUGAGCUCUACAACAACGUGUUGGCCUUUGUGGUAGGGGCCCCAGAGAGUGGUGGUGGCUCCCCUGGCGGCUCCAGACGGGAGUUACACAUCUUCCAAUGCCAUGACGUCAGUGCGCAGACACUUGUUGAAGAAUUAAAUGCUCUUAAGGGUAUUGGCAGCGGUGGCUCAGAAGGUGGUCGAGACUUUGUGAUCGAGCGGGAAAGAGAAAGAGAGAGGGAGACAGAGAUGGACAGACCAAGGCGACAGCAAAUGUCAGCACAACUGGGCCGCGAUCGUGGUUCAGCGGGAGAAAGAGAUGAUGCCUCAUCCACUGGCUCUGAACGCCUCUACGAACAGGACAUCGCAAUUCUAAACCGUUGCUUUGACGACAUAGAAAAAUUCAUAGCGCGGUUACAACACGCCGCAGCUGCGUCACGUGAAUUGGAACGACGGCGACGAUCUAGAGGGGGGAAGAAGGGGACGGGGGAGGGGAUGCUCGCUUUACGGACCCGUCCACCGCCUGAGAGAGACUUCGUGGACGUCCUCCAGAAGUUUAAGCUGUCUUUUAAUUUGCUAGCGAGACUACGCACGCACAUACACGACCCCAAUGCUCCAGAGCUGGUACAUUUCCUUUUCACUCCGUUGGCCUUGAUCGUCGAUGCGGCUCAGGACGUGGCAGAUGGUAGAUUGCCCUCACGGGUAAUACAGCCUUUGUUGACGAGGGAUGCGCUCAAUCUAUUGGCUAAUUGUGUGACCAGUAAAGAGACUGAAUUGUGGCAUUCGCUUGGGGACGCUUGGUUGAUUCCGAGAGAACAAUGGAAGACAACUAUACCACCAUACCAGCCAGUUUUCAUGGAUGGAUGGACUCCAGACUACCAAGUGGACGAUCAGCCGCUAAGAAGACCAUCACCACGCCGCAGCGAAGGAAGAGUAGAGGAAGCAGCAGCGAUUGCGGCGGAAGGGUACGGGUUUGAAAGAGAUGAACCAGAUAUAUAUGGGGAGAGGGAAUACGCACCUUUCCCAAGGAAUAACCGUACUAGAGCAGAGGAUUCAGAAUCAGCUGCUUCUUCCCCGGAAAGAGAGGCCCCGUAUCGCCCUCCUGAAAGAGAAAGAGAUGAUGAUGAUCUCGGUGAAGCCUGGGCGCAAGGUGUGGCUGCUCGUGGUGGACGCGUGGUGCGUGUGACAUACCCUCGGACUGCUAACAAUGAUAAAGAACUAACUGUAGUUCGCGGAGAAUACCUUGAGGUGCUAGAUGACUCCCGGAAAUGGUGGAAGGCCAGAAACCGUCGGGGUGUAACCGCUCAUGUCCCGCACACGAUCGUUGCACCUGCCAUCACCCCACCCUCUUCACCCCACCUGUACCCGAACCCCAUCUAUACUCAUUAUCAGGAGGGCACAAGCGGCGGACGCGGCUCUGGCGGAAGCAGUCCCACAGUCCCAGCGGAAAAACCAAUUCCCCCUCCGCCUCCUCCGCCACCGCCCCCGCCCGAACCGCCGAUUGCUCCGCCGCCACCGGUUACCAAAACUGAUACAAUGAAAUCUACCAAGUCUGUGAUGAGCACCAGCAGUGGUCUUCACGAGGAGUUGAUGGCCGUAUUGCCACAGAUUCAACGUAGACUCGAAAUCAAAAAGACUCCAGACAUUUUCAUACAUCAGAAAUCGAAUCCAGAUGAAGUGUUAUCAUGGUUAGAAGCAAAAGGCUUCAGUCGGACUGCUCAAAAGCAACUGCGUGUAUCAGGGCACCAGCUGUUCGCCCUUUCCAGAGCUCAACUUGAAAGAGUCCUGGGGGCCGAUGAAGGAAAACGACUGUACAGCCAAGUGCUUGUACAACGAAAUAUUUCUGGGUACAGAACCACAUCAGCAUCAGAGUUGCAGAGUAUCCUUCGGAAGGUACGGGAGAAAGUGGAAGUGACCUGAUCAUGGAUGAAGCCGACAAACAAUUGGACUAUACGUGCAAUUCCUCUUAUUGUUAAGUUAAAAUUAAUAAUAAUUAUAAUAAUUUUGAAAUUAUUCAUAUAUUUUAGUUAAUGAUUGAUUUAAUUCAAUAAAUGUUGAUACUAAUAAGGCGGUAACAAAACUAUGAUUAUAAAGUAAAUAUAGUCUUUAAAGAGAAAUGUGGACCUAGUUGCUUCACCGUGGUACUCAUCCCUGAGCAGGGAUGGCUAUUUAAGGGCUCUUUUUGCUGUAGUCCAAAAAGUUGUGGAUACUAAGGGUCCCCACUGAAAACAAUAGGCUAUAUUUGAAUUAAAUAAUUUUUUUACGGGAUAAUCAGAAAUGUAUCUUAUGGGCGACUUCCCUGUAAUAGGCCAGAGUCCCACAAAUUCUCAAUCGUUCGAUUCCCGUGAUGUUUCAUUCAUUGCGUUUAACAUUCGCUCGGACGGUGAAGAAAACCGGCUUGCCUUAGACCCAAAUAGUGGACGGCAUGUGUCAGGCACGGGAGGCUGAUCAUCUUGCGUAUUAUAUUGACAAAUGAUCACGAAACAGAUACAAAAAUCUGAGGCACAGUCGUCAAAUUUUUUGAAAUAAUAGCUCAGUCUUUUUCCAUAAAUAUAUAAAUAGUAGGUUUGAUCAAACAUACACACCUCCGACACUGCUGAAUUGUUUUUGGUUAGAAAAAUACAAAUACAGUGUAAACUCUAAAACACUGAAGGAACUGUGCAAUUUAUGGCGUUAUAGAGAGUUGUCGUUCAAUGUGGAUAAAAAAUAUCAGAAUUAGAAGAGUCGACUAGUAUCAGUAGUUAUGUAAGUACAUUUAACAAAAUCUUUGAUUUUGAAUGUUAUUGCGUAUAGUCUCUUAAUUUCACCUGACGUCUUUUGCUGCACCAGUAAUUUUUUUUUGUAUUUUUUACUUAUUUUAUUCAUAUCUUGCGAUAUUUAGGCACCUUGGUGAUAAAGGAAGAAUUUUGCCAAUAAUUUAGCUGCUACCGGAGCUUCUUUUAUGCUCGACGGAGGCUCAGGCUCAUCCGUCUCAUUUUCUUCAUCUCCUUGUUCUUGAUCCUCAGUGUUUCUGGCUGAAUUCAGAAUUUCUUUGUCUGUUCGUGAAGCCAUUAUAAGCAGGCAGUUGUCGAUGUAGGUUUGAAGAUUUUCCGUAUUUCCUCCCUUGUUAAUCUAUUGGUUCCACUCGGUUAAUGGAAAGUCGCUAUCAAACUAAGGUUCUGUUUCCAUCUUAUCACUCGAAAAAUUGGUACAAAGUACUGCAUAUCGAAAGAGUGAUGUGUAGUUGUGAGUGUCACUUAGAUAUAAAAUUCACUGCAUGCAUGCUGCAUUUACAGAAGUUUUGCCCUCAAAUUCAACCAGUAUCAUUAAUAAUAGUGUAGUGUAGAGUAGAUACUGUAGUGACCCUUGAGGCUUUUAAUCACACUCGGGUCCAUUGGCUGUAAGAUAUGUGUAGCCGUAUUUGGAGCAAGAAACGCCAACUCUAUGUUUUGAAGGUUUGAUAUAAACGGGUGGGCAGGGCAGCAAGAUGUAAAAAAUUUCGUCCCUUUAAUCCGGCACCUUUCUCACUUCUUCGUCAAAAAGCUGACACUGUAAUUCCCUUUUAUUAUACUAAUAUUAGGAUAGUCCGUUUGUCUUAAUAAUAAGCCUUUUUCCAUCCAAAGACAGAGAACAUAGAUUUAACAAAUAUAGAUAUAAAUAAAUUAAGAAAACUCUUUUUAAACGGAUUGAAGCUAUGUAUUAUUAUUAUAAACUUAUAAUUAUUUACACAAUUUUAAAUUUAAAAUUUUCCGACGUUUC